CCACCCACCAGACAAGCACAUGGACGCGCCCACCGCCACGGCCAAGCGCAAGCGGCCAGCCGCCGACAUCGACAUCGCCGCCACGGCCGCCGUCGAGGAGGUGUCCGACGCGGAGGUGGAGGAGUUCUACGCCAUCCUGCGCCGCAUGCGCGACGCCACCCGCCGCUUCGUCUCCCGCGGCGGCGCAGGGGCAGCAGCUGGCCCCGUGCGCGCGCCGGCGUGGCGCCCCAGCUUCUCCUGGGAGGACUUCGCGCCACCGGCGGCUCCACCGUCGCAGCAGCAGCAGCCGCGGCCACCAGCCGACGAGCGCGUGGCCGAGAACGGCACGCCGCCGCGGCGACCAGCCGGCGUUUUCCUCGACCUGAACGCCGAGCCGGAGCCCGAGGCGCCGACCACGCCGCGACCGGAGCGCGUCACCGCCUAG